CCCGAGCCCAGGGUGUGGCUGGCACGGCCAGGAGAGGAGACCUCAGAGGCCUCCGUUGCACAACCCCGUUGUGUCCACCCAGGAGCGAGCGAGACACCCCCGGUCCGUUCCUGUGCUCCCCUCCUAGGGCCAUGUGUGGCCACUUGAUUCACUUUCAAAAGUGUGACAGGCACCGGUGAACCCACAAGCCCCCGGGCCGGGAUCCUGAAGACAGGCAGCCCUGCCCAGCCCCUUGGACGAGCGCCAUCUUCAGUCCCGGGUCCAUGAGCCUCCGCAGGUCGCGGCUCUCGGGUCUUGGGCUUGCUGCCAUCUCAAGGUCUUCCUAAAACUGUUUGCUUAGGCUUCAGUUUGCUCUGAGGCAUCCUGCUGUUGGUAACCACGGGAACCUUUAAGCCUAGCGUGGUGGCGAUGGUGUCCCUGUCCAUCCCGGAGCCGGCGGGUGAGCACACCCAGGACGGCGGAGAGACCGGCCUUGCCCACCGCGAGCUCCCUGGGCUGCCCCCGACUCGGAGUCCCGGCAGCGAGGAGGUGGCACCGGCCGUGCCCUGCACAGCAGCCCCUGCGUGGUGAGCACAGAGCCCGCCCGCCUCGCCAUGGGGGGAGCCGUGGUGGACGACGGUCCAACGGGCAUCGUGGCCCCCGACGGCGGCUGGGGCUGGGCUGUCCUCUUCGGCUGCUUCGUCAUCACGGGCUUCUCCUACGCCUUCCCCAAGGCCGUCAGCGUCUUCUUCAAGGAGCUCAUGCGUGAGUUUGGCAUCGGCUAUAGCGACUCGGCCUGGAUCUCCUCCAUCCUGCUAGCCAUGCUCUACGGGACUGGCCCGCUCUGCUCCAUGUGUGUGAACCGCUUCGGCUGCCGGCCUGUCAUGCUGGUGGGUGGCCUCCUGGCAUCACUGGGCAUGGUGGCCGCAUCUUUCUGUAGGAGCAUCGUCCAGAUUUACCUCACCACUGGCGUGCUGACUGGUCUGGGCCUGGCCCUCAACUUCCAGCCGUCCCUUAUCAUGCUCAACCGCUACUUCAGCGCGCGGCGGCCCCUGGCCAAUGGGCUGGCGGCCGCGGGCAGUCCCGUGUUCCUGUGCACCCUGUCCCCGCUGGGGCAGCUGCUGCAGGACCAGUACGGGUGGCGGGGCGGCUUCCUCAUCCUGGGUGGCAUGCUGCUCAACUGCUGUGUGUGCGCCGCCCUCAUGAGGCCCCUGGAGCCGCCCCGGGCAGGUGUGGGGCAGAAGGGCGCGGGGCAGGCGGGCACAGGGCGGCCGGCCCGGCGGCUCCUGGACUUCAGCGUCUUCCGGGACCGUGGCUUCGUCGUCUAUGCCCUCGCUGCGUCCAUCAUGGUGCUGGGGCUCUUUGUGCCACCGGUGUUCGUGGUGAGCUAUGCCAAGGACCUGGCCGUGCCCGACACGCAGGCCGCCUUCCUGCUCACGGUGCUGGGCCUCAUCGACAUCGUCGCCCGGCCCACCGCCGGCCUCAUCACGGGGCUCCGGCGGGUGCGGCCCUAUUCCGUCUACCUCUUCAGCUUCGCCAUGUUCUUCAACGGCAUCGCCGACCUGGGGGGCUCCACGGCCUCCGACUACAGUGGCCUGGCGGUCUUCUGCAUCUUCUUCGGCAUCUCCUACGGCAUGGUGGGCGCCCUGCAGUUCGAGGUGCUCAUGGCCAUCGUGGGCACCCACAAGUUCUCCAGCGCCAUCGGCCUGGUGCUGCUGCUGGAGGCCCUGGCUGUGCUGGUCGGGCCCCCAUCGGGAGGCAAGCUCCUGGACGCCACCCACGUGUACAAGUACGUGUUCAUCCUGGCCGGGGCUGAGGUGCUGAGUGCCGCCCUCGUGCUGCUGCUGGGCAACGCCUGCUGCGUGGGUAAGGGCACGGCAGGGCCAGCGGGCGCCCAGGAGGACAAGGGCCAGCCGCCCGCGGGGCCACGCGUGGACGCACGCGAGGUGGAGCGCUUCCUCCAAGGGGGCCCCGAGAAGAGCGGGGAGGCUGCACACAGCCCCGAGACCAGCGUCUAGCGGCCGGGGGCGCAGGGGGCAGCACAGGCGUCCAGGCCGUUUAUGUCACCAACGGGACAGGCUCAGGCGGGGCCAUCACCGGCUCCGGCUGCGAGUCGCCCCUGCUCGCAUUUUGCAGGGGGGGACGGCGGGGGUGAAGCCAAGCCACGUCACCCCCUUGCCCGUCCCGUCAUCCACGCCUCCCCCGGCCACCCCUGGCCCCUGCACACAUGCCCCCUCAUGAACACCCAGCUUCCCCCAUGGGAUAGCCGGAGACGAACCUGCGUAGAGCAGGAGGAGCCUCAGGAACAAAUUGUUUUCUAGGAGCUGCGUGGAAUUUUGUUUUAAUGUAGAGGAGACGGGGUGCUCCCUGGUUCACCCCAAAUCUUGUUUUAAGAAACCGGUUCUUUAUACAAAGUGCUUCUGUUCCUCA